UUAAAGGAUGAAAGCAAAAAAAAUGGAUAUCACUAUGGUACCGAUGUCGAAAUAACAGUGAAAGUCAUUGUUAGAAUUACCAAAAAUCAUACUAAAAUGAAUAAAUUAAAAUCAUCACAGAGAGACAAAGUCAAGAAAUUCGUCGCAUUUACUCAAACUAGCGAGAGCACUGCGAUUUAUUGCCUUACUCAGAAUGAUUGGAAACUGGACCUGGCUAGUGAUAACUAUUUUCAGAACCCAGAUGCGUACUACAAGGAUCCCAUUAAGGCUGCAGUAGACAGAAAAAAGUUGGAACUCUUAUUUAACAAGUACAAAGAUCAACAAGAGAAUGAUAAGAUCACUGUGGAUGGAGUCAUGAAAUUUCUAGAAGAUUUAAACCUUAGUCCUGAAUCUAUAUUAGUACUUAUUAUUGCAUGGAAAUGUAAAGCUGCAGUGCAGUGUGAGUUCUCCAAAGACGAGUUCCUGACUGGGCUGAUGGAGCUGGGAGCAGACAGUAUAGACAAAUUAAAAACAAAACUAGCUACCCUUGAAACAGAAAUUAAAGAUCCUAAUAAAUUUAAAGAUUUCUACCACUUCACUUUUAACUAUGCCAAAAACCCAGGACAAAAGGGAUUGGAGUUAGAUAUGGCAAUAGCAUAUUGGAAUAUAGUGCUUCGAGGAAGAUUUAAAUUCCUAGAUGCUUGGUGCAAGUUUCUUACGGAACACCAUAAAAGGUCAAUUCCCAAGGAUACAUGGAAUCUACUUUUAGAUUUCGCCACGCAAAUCGACGACGGCAUGAGCAACUAUGAUGCGGAGGGAGCCUGGCCCGUAUUAAUAGACGACUUCGUGGAGUGGUGCCAGAAGCAGGGCCUCACCGCCGAGGGGUUGAAGGCGCUGGAGCCGGCGUCCGGCUAGCUGGCGCCGCCCGCCUGCGAGCAGCCCGCGCCGAGCCUGCGCCCGCGCCCGCAGCCGCGCCCGCGCCCGCGCCGCGCCCGCUCGCGCGCGCUGGCAUCCUCCCUCGCCCUGCUGCUGCUCCGCCUGCUCCUCUACCUUCUGGACAUUUGUCCCAUAGAGUGGAUCGCGGUUGUUAUGGUAUUCGAUUUCUGUGGCUAAUACGAUGCAAUUGUAAGUUAUUCCAAAAAGAUAUUUUAUAUUACAUUUAUAGAUGAUUGUCCCGGUUAAAAAAAACGUUUAAGAUGUUUACUAUAUAAUCUAGUAACUUAGAUCUAAAACAGUAGAGAAACUGUUAUAAGAGUUAUAAUAUAAACACUUUCGUAUGCAGCUCUCUUGAAGUAGAUACGAAGGUACGCCUAUUUGCCAUUGGGUGUGUGUAGAUUCAUGCAUUAUCAUAACUAUCGUAAGGUUUGUCAAUUUUGAUUUUGUUUUUUAUGACUAAUACUGGUUGUAUUAAAACUGAAAACUU